CAUCUGCUUUACACAAUAAGUCGGCCAGAGCUGAGAGCAAUACCCACUUGGGCUAAAUGCCCAGAUCAGGUAUGAUCUCAGACUACGACAGUGUGUUUGUGUUUCAACCUUGAUAUGGAUAGCACCAACCCCAUUCUCUUGCCACCGAUCCUUGCUAUUGAUGCUAGAGGGGUGCACAAGAUCUCCGGUUGAUUAUAUGCCUGAGAAAAACAUUGUAGAGGUAUUAACAGUCAGAUCAGUGGCACUAUGCUGUUUGAUAACUACAAAAAACACUGCUCGUUCAACGGACAGCUUAUAAAUGUACAUUCUGUCUAGGAGAGAGGAGAGAGGAAGAGGCCCAGAUGAAGAUGACCGUCCUUUCCACAGCAAACAUCCUUCCAGCAGGUUAGACGGCAGGCGUGGGACAUUAAGACACUCCUCCUCAGUGGAUGCUAUCAAGAGCGGGCAGAGUUACUGGGAAAAGAGGCUGCAGCUGAGACACAGCUGUACUGCUGGUAUGGUAACCAUUAAAAAGAGCAGCGUGCCAGUUGGGACAUCAGACACCGAUUCACGCUGCCGGACCAACAGCCAGCAGAUGACCCAGAGCCUACAGGACACAAAGACAGAGGCCUUUAUGGCGUUACCUCCAGGUGAAAUGAGACCUCCCUGCAAACUGAUGGACAGAACACACCAUGUCACUGAGAAAGUCACCCAGUUCACUAAGUUGAAGCGGAUGUAG